UUUACCCUUUGGCACCAUGGGCAGGUUCGGUUUCAAAGCUUAAAGUUUAGUUUUUUUUUUUUUUCCUUCCCCUUUUUUAGACUAUAUAUUUGAAAUUUUGAUUUUGUUGGUAGGUGAUCUUUGAUCAGCAGGAACACCAAUCUCCAAGGAAGGAAUAGUGACCUUAUCGAAUCAGCUAGGAGGAAGAACGGUUAAAGCAUAAUCGUUUUUUUUGGUUUGUAUGAGAAAAGGGUGCAAGGACUAAGUGUUUCCCUGAGAUUUGGAUUUUCCGGAGCAGUAAGGGGUUAGUGUCAAGCUUUUCCUUCGAUGGCGGAAUGGGUUGGGCCUCGGUUGUACGGUUGCUGUAAUUGCCGAAAUCAUGUUUCCCUUCAUGAUGACAUCAUUUCUAAAGCUUUUCAGGGGAGAAACGGGCGAGCCUUUCUGUUCUCUCAUGCGAUGAACAUAAUUGUGGGGCCUAAAGAAGACAGGCAGUUCAUAACUGGCCUCCACACUGUUGCAGAUGUCUCCUGCAGUGAAUGCCACGAGGUACUGGGUUGGAAGUAUGAGCGAGCUUAUGAAGAAACACAGAAAUACAAGGAAGGAAAGUUCGUACUUGAGAAGUCAAAGAUUGUCAAGGAGAACUGGUAACCUUGUGUGAUACCUGUUUCAUCAGUCUCAUUGGUGGUGUAAGUUUGUCAAUUUCCAAUGCUUACAGUGUUAGGUUGUACAGAUAAUCUCCAUUGAUUGAAAUAUUAAGUGAUUUUUGUCCUUUUUGUGAAUCUUGUUCAGAUGUUUAGUCUGGAAGUUGUGUAAUGGAGAAUCGAUUUAUUACUUUGUGAAUAAACCUUUGAUUGCCACUUCCUAAUAUGAUGAAAGUUCUAAAUAAAC